AUGUCAUUCUUCACUCCAAAAACUGGAUCGUCUGCAGAGUCCGUCCCAAAGCACACCGUAGAUCCACGAUUACAACCAUGGGUUGAGAAAUACCGUCCGAAGACCAUUGAUGAAGUUUCUGCUCAAGAACACACUGUUGCCGUUCUUCGCAAGACUCUAACAUCGACCAACCUGCCUCACAUGUUGUUCUAUGGUCCUCCGGGUACAGGCAAAACAUCAACUAUCCUUGCUUUGGCUCGACAACUUUUUGGCCCAGACAAUUUUAGAAACAGGGUUCUUGAGUUAAACGCGUCGGAUGAACGUGGAAUCAGCAUCGUUAGAGACAAGAUCAAGAACUUCGCCCGCCAGACACCGCGAGCCCAAGCGGUGGCUUCUGAUGGAAAAUCAUACCCAUGUCCUCCCUACAAAAUUAUCAUCCUUGAUGAAGCCGAUUCCAUGACACAAGAUGCUCAGGGAGCGCUCCGCCGAAUAAUGGAAACAUAUGCUCGAAUUACAAGAUUCUGUCUUGUGUGCAACUAUGUCACUCGUAUCAUUGAACCUCUAGCAUCCCGUUGUUCCAAGUUCCGAUUUACGCCACUGGACUCGAAAUCCUCUUUCUCUCGGCUCUCGUAUAUUGCAACAGCUGAGCACAUUGACACAAAUCCGGCCGUGAUCAACGCCCUUAUUAGCACUUCAUCUGGUGAUCUUCGACGUGCCAUAACAUAUCUGCAAUCAGCGUCACGACUUUCGUCGUCAACUAUCCCCCCAACUCCCAUAUUACCAUCUGACAUCCAAGAAAUUGCCGGUGUAGUUCCCGACGCUGUCAUCAACAAAUUUUCAGGUAUCCUUGGGGUUGAGAAGAAAACCAGUUUUGAGUCUAUCAACAAGGAGGUCAAAUCUUUGAUGCGAGAAGGAUAUUCCGCUACGCAAAUUCUGUCGCAGCUACAUGAUGUCGUCAUUCUCCAUCCAACUUUAACUGGCCGACAGAAAUCGUUGUGCGCGUUGGUGUUCGCUGAAGCUGACAAAGCCCUUUGCGACGGUGCUGACGAAGAGUUGUGGAUAUUGGAGGCAGGACUUCGAAUACACAAGGCUGUAUCGUAA